AUGGGCGUCCGGCGCAAGCCCGCGGGGGCGGACGCGCGCGUGCUCAACCUGGGCGAGACGGACACCGCGGAGGACUACGGACCGACGCGGCGACGGCAGACGACCGCGUUCCUCCCCGCGGACGUCGCGACGGACGAAGCGUACGCGAAGCAGGUGGAGUACGUCACCGAGAGCGAGAAGAUAUGCGGCGGCGGGGUGUACCAGCACAACAGCGCGGGGUGCGCGGACGACGCGGGCGCGUACGCGGAGAUGGAAGAGGAGAACGCGCGGUCGAGAGAGGCGGAGAGGCUGCGGACGUCGAACGAGGCGUCCGCGCUCGCGCGCAUGCGCGCCGCGCGGGACCGAGCGGACGAGGAGGCCGCGGCGAGGCGCGCGCGCGAGGGCGUCGCCGGCGCCGCGGGGACGCUGCGAGGCGGCGGCGCGGGCGGCGCGAGGAAGGAGACGAAGCCGAUGGCGAUCAAAGUCGUCAAGAGGAAAAUAAAGUCGACGGAGACCGCCGAGGACGCGGGGGGGGAGGGCGCGAAGGCGGCGGGGAAGGACGAGCGCGAUGCCGCGGCCGAUGACGCCGCCGCCGCCGGCGGCGGCGACGACGGCGACGACGACGCGACCGGUUUGGGCGGGUUAUUAGGCGGGUACGGGAGCGGCACGGACGACGACGACGACGACGCCGACGCCGCCGCCCCCGCCGCCGCCGCCGCCGCCGCGGCGAAGGAGCACGACGCGUCGAAGCGAACGGAGGAGUCGAAGCGAAGGGCGGAGGAGGACGCGACGAAGGGAUCGGCGAAGACGGCGAAGACGGCGGCGGCGGCGAAUUCGCUGAGCGCCAAGGGGAAGGCGUAUUGGGAGAGGUACUACGUGGAAAAGUACGGCGGAGGGUCGAGCGGCGCCGCCGCGGCGGCGGCGGCGCCGCCGCCGCCUGUCGCGGAGACGAAACCCGCCGCGUCCGCGAAGAGCGAACAGCCUCCUCCGAAGAGCGCGACGGACUGGACGAAGUACUACGCGGAGAAGUACGGUCUGUAGGCGACGGCGGAGAGGUGGGGGUAGGCGUUCACGCGUACUGUAGGUAGACGACGGACGACGAGAGCGGUUGUUAGUUGAUCUGAUGAGACUCGGCGUUCGCGUU